AUGGAAGAAUCGAAAAAGUCGACCUCAACUGACCUCGGCGAGCACGAGUCGUCCGAGAAUGGGCUAAUAUCCGGGCAGAAGUCUCCAGCAACAUGGCACUCCACCACUUUUUUCACCUCAUUGUUCUCCAACACAUUCAAGCGAGGAAAGCAGUACAACGCAUUACUUGAAGAUGAUGACGCUGGCGCCUCGCAUUCAACAGACCCGCUUAUUCGCGUUGUGCAAGCACAAAGAGUUUCAAUCCGGAGGUGGCGUCUUGCCACUGUUUUUGUCGUGGUUGUCAAUCUAGUCUUCUACGCCUUCUUUCUGUUUCCUUUGGCUAAGAUGCACAAUUCGGAGCCGCCGUUCACCGAUUACGAUGAUCGCAUGACUUGUGGGAAUACAACGACAACGGCUCUGAGUCGCCAAUGUCAAUAUCAUCCCCUGAGCCAUGGCUGGCUACACCGCGAUUGCGAUGUGACUCUUGCGAGGGAGUCAGUGACAUCAGCUUCAAAUGGCCAGCCAACAUGCCAGUUCUGGCUUGACAAAGCCGGGACGAAAGAGGUGACUGGUGCCGACUGGGACGCACUUGAGAGGGGAACUGUGGUUUGGACGACACAGAGUCAUCACGUCACGCACUGCGUCUACUUGCUUGCGCAGGCCGCUGCGGCCAUGACUAUGGGAGGCAUGAUGGAGGAGAACGCAAGGAAGUGGGAACACCAGCAGCUCUGCGUAGAGACCAUUAUGAGCGCUGUAAGCCGCUCUCCUGGUUGGAACAAGAUCAAGGGCUUCGUGCAUGUCGGAUCUGGGGGCUGCUGGUAA